UUAUGAAUGAAAAGUGAUAUAAAUUGAUCUUAAAAAAAAAAUCAAAAAACGAAACCCUGUGUCUGUCCAAUAUCGCAAAUACAGUUCCUUCUUCCACUUUCUCUCUCAAACCAAACCAAAAAGGGUUUUGUUGGAACAAAGCUUGAUUACCCAAACAUGUCUCUGAGGCCGAACGCGAGGACGGAAGUCCGGCGAAACAGGUACAAAGUGGCUGUCGAUGCCGAAGAAGGUCGCAGAAGGAGAGAGGACAACAUGGUUGAGAUCCGUAAGAGUAAACGCGAAGAGAGCUUGCAAAAGAAGCGUCGUGAAGGCCUUCAAACCCAGCAAUUCCCUCCUUCUCCUCACCCUUCCAAUCUUGACAAAAAGUUGGAGAGUCUGCCAUCGAUGGUUGCUGGGGUAUGGUCAGAGGAUAAUGCCAAUUUGCAGCUCGAGGCAACUACGCAGUUUCGGAAACUGCUUUCAAUUGAACGAAGCCCUCCAAUUGAAGAAGUAAUUCAAUCUGGGGUUGUUCCAGUAUUUGUUAAGUUUCUUGACAGAGAUGAUUUUCCACAACUUCAGUUUGAGGCAGCUUGGGCUCUCACAAACAUUGCUUCGGGUACUUCAGAGAACACCAAAGUGGUAAUUGAUCAUGGGGCAGUUCCAAUUUUUGUUAAGCUACUUGGUUCUCCAAGUGAUGAUGUUCGUGAGCAGGCUGUAUGGGCAUUGGGAAAUGUUGCUGGUGACUCCCCAAGAUGUCGUGAUCUUGUUCUUGGACAUGGAGCUCUGAUUCCAUUGUUGGCGCAGUUGAAUGAGCAGGCAAAGCUGUCCAUGUUGAGAAACGCUACAUGGACACUGUCAAACUUUUGCAGAGGCAAACCACAACCUCCUUUUGAUCAGGUAAGACCAGCACUUCCAGCUUUGGAGCGACUAGUUCAUUCAAAUGAUGAAGAAGUCUUGACAGAUACCUGCUGGGCAUUAUCAUAUUUGUCAGAUGGUACAAAUGACAAAAUUCAAGCCGUGAUUGAGGCUGGUGUCUGUCCUCGACUUGUGCAGCUCCUUCUACAUCCAUCUCCUUCAGUUCUCAUUCCAGCACUUCGCACAGUUGGAAAUAUUGUGACAGGAGAUGAUGUUCAAACUCAGUUUAUCAUCAACAGUGGUGCACUCCCGUGCCUUAUGAGUUUGUUGACCCAUAAUCAUAAGAAAAGCAUUAAAAAGGAAGCUUGCUGGACUAUAUCAAAUAUUACUGCUGGAAACAAAGAACAAAUACAGGCUGUUAUUGAAGCUGGUUUAAUUGGCCCUCUUGUCAAUCUUCUUCAAAAUGCUGAGUUUGAUAUAAAGAAAGAGGCCGCUUGGGCAAUUUCCAAUGCUACUUCUGGUGGAACUUCGGAGCAAAUUAAGUACCUUGUCAGUCAACAGUGUAUAAAGCCAUUGUGUGAUCUCCUUGUCUGCCCAGAUGCAAGAAUAGUCACUGUCUGUUUAGAAGGAUUGGAGAACAUUUUGAAGGUUGGGGAAGCAGAGAAGAAUCUGGGAAAUAGUGGGGAAGUGAACUUAUAUGCCCAGAUGAUUGAUGAUGCUGAGGGUUUAGAAAAAAUUGAAAAUCUUCAGAGUCACGACAACACCGAGAUUUACGAAAAAGCAGUUAAAAUUCUCGAGACUUAUUGGCUGGAGGAGGACGAUGAGGCAUUACCUCAAGGUGGUGAUGCUUCCCAGCCAGGAUUCCGCUUCGGAGGGAACGAACUUCCAGUACCGUCUGGUGGAUUCAACUUUGGCUGAAGGUAAACUAAAAUGUUUUUCAACUUUCACUAAGCAAAUGACACAAUAGCAAAAAUCCUAUCUACAAAAAGGGUUGUAAAAGUAAACAACUUUUCCUGUUGAAUAAUCUGUCUUGGGCCUCUUCAAAACACUUGCAGAAAUUCAGGAUCACAUGGAGCAGAAGUUAAGUUACUUACACCAUGAUGGUGAUGUUGGGGUCGUCGGGUAGAGUCGGGUUGGGUUGGGUCAAGGGUCAGGCAUCUCGCCGUGUCGUCGGGUUCCAGUCUGUCCAGAGUCCAUAUGUGGUCAAAGAGGUGCCAAGGUAAGUCAGUCAUGCCACUGUGACCAAAUAACAUGGGGUUGGUGUGGUGGGAUCAAUGGUUGCAUGAUUGACUGUCUGAGUUUGCAGCAUUCCUUUUUUAAAAGGCUGCUUAGUACCAAUGAAAUAUGGAAGUGUCUAAAACUCAAGGUCUAUAUUGUAAAAGCAUAAACAGGGUUCUCUUCCACUCUAUCAGUGUGUGUGUUAGUGGAGAUUUCUUGAUUGUGCCGGUGGGAUCUUUUUUAAUCUCAUUUCAUUGGAGUCGUCGUUGUAAUUUUUUACAUGAGUCGUGGGAUUUUUUGUUUUUUUUUUCUUUUUUAUUUUAUUUUUUGGGGAGGGGAGUGGGGGUUGAAAUUGAAAUUACAAGAGUCGGGAUUUGCUUUCUUUUCUGAGUGAGUAUAGUAUUUUGAUAUAUUUUUUUUUUCUAAAAAGAAAAAUUAAACAUGUUUCUUUCUUUUUCCAAGGAAAGAAAUAGUAGUGGUGUUUUGUUCUUCUCAUUAUCGCUUUGAUUCAAACGAUUUCUUUACUUUUA